UGGAGCAGGAAACAGUCGUGUUACGUCUCUGAACUGCACCCAGCAGCUGGGACACCUCCUUACCUCCUCACCGUCCAUCGAUGUGUCUCUGCCUUUACUCUGCACCAGCAUGCCUGUGGGAAGGGCACUGGAAAGGGGAUUAGAUGACCAGUAUGCGUAGAAAGCGGAAUAAACAGAUCCGACACGCAUCCAGCUGCUAGCUCCAGAGAGGUAGCUAGGAGCUAGCUCAGCAGCAGCAGCCUGUCUGUGUGUGAGGAGGUGAACCGAGCUAACCGUGGCUAGCCAGUCUCUCCCUCUGGCUAGCUACAGUUAAACCUCCGAGACGUGGAAGUUGAUAAUAGUUACCUGUUUCUGGUGUCACGUAAAAAGGGACUAACAUGGAGCUGUUCCAGGCUAAAGAUGAGUACAUCCUGCAGAGCGGAGACCGGGCUCUGUGGUGCAGCCGGAGAGACGGGACCAUGACGGUUAGACCUGCAACAGACCUGUUGUUAGCUUGGAAUCCAGUGUGUUUGGGCAUGGUAGAAGGUAUCAUUGGAAAGAUACAGCUUCACACAGACCUUCCUCUGGGCCUCGUAUUAAUCCGCCAGAAAGCACUGGUGGGCACUUUACCAGGCGACCACAAAGUCUACAAGAUCACUAAGAUAGCCGUCAUUCCUCUGUCCGACGAAGAGCCUCAGGAGCUUGAGCUGGAGGUGAGCUUCAUGGAUGGUGAGACAGAAUAUUUUCAACUUUGCAAGAAGCAUCACUUUGGAAUCGACAAACCGGAGAAACUGGCCCAGUCUCCCGAGGAUUCAAAGUUCUUGAUGAAAACCUUCAGCCAGAUCAAAUCCAAUGUGGCCGUGCCCAUCAAGAAAAAGUAUUCCCCUGCCUUCCAGGUCAAGGAAAAUAAAGAGAAGGAACGCCUGGAGAGGCGGCUGCUGGAUGAGCUGUACAAGGUAUUCAUGGACUCGGAUUCCUUCUACUACAGCAUGACCUACGACCUGACAAACACUGUGCAGCGUCAGGGAGACUCGGAAAAGUCCAGCUUACCCCUAUGGAAACAGGUGGAUGACCGUUUCUUCUGGAAUAAACACAUGAUCCAAGACCUUAUUGACCUUCAGGUGCCAGAGGUGGACUUCUGGGUGACACCAAUCAUCCAGGGCUUUGUACAGGUGGAGGAGCUGGUGGUGAACUACAACGAGACCUCCGAUGAGGAGAGGAGCAGCCCUGAGACCCCUCCACAGGAGAUCACCUGCGUUGAUGACAUUCAUCCCCGCUUCACUGUGGCCCUUAUCUCCAGACGCAGCCGCCACCGCGCAGGGAUGCGGUACAAACGCAGAGGAGUGGAUACCGACGGCCAUGUGGCUAACUAUGUGGAGACAGAGCAGUUGAUCCACGUGCACAGCCACACUCUGUCCUUUGUGCAGACUCGUGGCUCCGUGCCUGUCUUCUGGAGCCAGGCCGGGUACCGCUACAAUCCCCGGCCACGCUUAGAGAAAGGAGAGAAGGAGACCAUGUCUUACUUUUCUUCCCACUUUGAAGAACAGCUUAAACUCUACAAGACACAGAUCAUCAUUAACUUGGUGGAUCAAAGUGGACGGGAGAAGAUAAUUGGCGACGCAUAUCUGAAGCAAGUCCUACUUUACAACAACCCAAACCUCACAUAUGUUUCAUUUGACUUUCAUGAGCACUGCCGUGGUAUGAAGUUUGAGAAUGUGCAAGUACUGACAGAUGCGAUCUCUGAUAUCAUCACUGAAAUGAAGUGGGCCUGGGUGGAUCAGGCCGGAGUCAUCUGCCAGCAGGAGGGCAUCUUUAGAGUCAACUGUAUGGACUGUCUCGACAGGACCAACGUGGUCCAGGCUGCUUUUGGUCGGGCUGUGAUGGAACAUCAGCUGAAGAAACUGGGUGUGAUGCCUCCAGAGCAGCCUCUGCCUCUCAAAUGCUACAAGAUCUAUCAGAGCAUGUGGGCCAACAACGGAGACACCAUCAGCAGACAGUACGCAGGCACAGCAGCGCUCAAGGGAGAUUUCACCAGGACGGGGGAGAGGAAACUGGCUGGUGUGAUGAAGGAUGGUGUAAACUCUGCCAACCGCUACUAUCUGAACCGCUUCAGGGAUGCUUACAGACAAGCAGUCAUUGACCUAAUGAUGGGCCUGCCAGUGACGGAGGACCUGUACUCCAUCUUCAGUAAGGAGAAGGAGCAUGAAGAGAAGGAGAAAGAGAGCCUGAGGGGAGCGCAGGAGCAGGUCAGCCUCCUCCUGCAAACAUACAUGCAGCUUUUGCUGCCUGAUGACGAGAAGUUUCAUGGAGGUUGGGCCCUCAUCAAUUGUGACAUGAGCCUCGUUGACGCAAACAACAAAGACGUGGAUGUGCUGCUGCUUCUGUCCGACAAAGCCUAUUACAUCGCUUACUACGACGAAGAAGCAGAUAAAGUCAACCAAUACCAGCGCCUCAAUUUAGAGGGUUUGGAGAAGAUCGAAAUUGGUCCAGAGCCGACUCUGUUCGGGAAGCCAAAGUUCUGCUGCAUGCGUUUGCAUUACAGGAGCGAAGAGACGAGCGGAUACUUUCACACGCUGAGAGCAGCAACACGAAACCCUGAGGAUGACGGAAAAGACACGUUACAGUGCAUAGCUGAGAUGCUUCGCAUAACUAAACAAGCCACGGGGCUGGACCUGCUUGUGGUUGAAAAGAGGCUGGAGAGGCGGCAGAGUAAACCUCAUGAGGAUAUAAUGGGCAUCCAGAACAAACCUGCAGACCAGGUCCAGGGUAGCUCUGGUCUCGCUCAGGGCAAAAGUUUCCUCCUCAACAAAUUCUCCUCUCUCAAUCAGAAAGUUAAACAGACCAAGACAAACGUAACCCUCGGGAGGCUGGGCAACUUCUCUAAGCCUGAUGUAAAAGUCAAUUUCCUAAAGCCAACUAUGCAUGUCAACCUGUGGAAGUCGGACAGCAGCUUGGAAACAUCAGAUAGCAACCCUGGCACAGGAGGCCUGAAAGAUAUCGGCAACAGGCACUCUGACUCCGACGACUCUGACUCCUAUAAUUCGGACCCAGAGCACCUGUGUUCUGGUUCUUUAGAGAACGUGGACUAUGUGCUGCCCAGCUGCGGCAUUGUAGCAUCAAACCCACGACUGGGCAGUCGCUCUCAGUCUAUUGGCAGCGUGGAAUUAAACAUCCCCUCUGUUAUCCGAGUCACUGGCUGUGACGGGAAGCAGGAAAGCCCUUCUCAAGUCAGCGAAGACAAGUCCCCAGGGGCCGCCUCGGUGGCUGAAGAAGCCAUUCUGAUUGACUUUGGUACUCCCAUUGAUGCCUACUGCCACCAGUUUGUCCAGGAUGCACAGACCAAACCUGUUGAGGUGUUUGGAGAGCUGCCGCCAGCUGCUGUCCCUCUACUCAACCCUGUGGUGCCUGUGCAGAAUAAGACCCUAGCAGACUCCGACAAGCAGCCAAGCUCCGAGCCGCAGCAGGAGCCGGAAGAGCCCCAGCUCCCCAGGCCGUCCAAGCUAGACGUCGACUCCACUACCUCCAGUUCCAACCUCCUCUCCGUCCAGAAGCCCAGCUCCGCAGCCUCGGGAGGCUCUCAGAGGAGUCUGGGUUCACUGUUGGAGGGCAGCCUCGGCCCUUCACCCGCCGACAGCAACGGCAGCCGAGUGGUGUCCCCCUUUGCCAAGAUCAAGAGCUCCAUGGUCCAGGUGGCCAGCCUCACCCAGGCGGGACUCACCCAGGGCAUCAACUUUGCUGUGGCAAAGGUACAGAAGAGCCCGGAGCCAGAUACUGUCAACGAAGCCCAGGAGAACGAGCUGAAGGCAAUGUUUACACAGUGCCAGACCAGGAUCAUUCAGAUCUAGUGCUUUCCUUGUAGCAGGAUUUUGUAGUCGUGCGUCUUGUAGAAACUUCCUGAAUGGUAGCAGUAGCAAAAGCUUGCACAUAGCGUCACUACUCGGCCAAGAAACGCGCUGUUAAAUUUGCCCUUUAGUUAAACUUUCCCAUGUUAAUGAUGACUCUUGUACAGAAAUAUAUACUUAGGCCCAACAUGGCAGUGACCAUGUUUACAUGCACAUCAUUAUGGAUUCCCUCACUCUUAAGAGAGAACUGAUUGAUCUAAGGGAUGUUUAGCUCAUAUCCCUUUUGCCAAGCAACCUCACACAAUGUCAGGUGUUAAAAUAAUCAAUUGUUAUAAUUCCCAUAUCCAAUUUUAUACAGUGAUUGAAAUGAGUGUAUGUACAUCCUAAAUCACUCCAGAAAUACUGCUACUGUUGAAGUAAAUUGUUCUAUAAGUUCAGUUAUCAAAAUUUCAAGGAUAUUCUCACUAUGAUAACCUUAAGAGACAAAUACGAUUUUUAAGAUGUUUUAAACUCUAGUACUUCCAGAGUGGUAUGCAGAGUACUUUUGUGCAUGUAAACAUGUCACUGAAAAGUUAUUCUACCCGCAGUGCUUGCAUGUGAGGUUAAUGGUAACUGAUAGUGACAAGGCAGGUAAACAGAGCUGUGCGUUGAAAGACCAAUCUGACUCUAUCAUGUACUGUACGGCACCCUGUAUGUGCAGGUCACUUAUUGGCGUUUGUGAUAUAGACCUUCAAUUUGUAACAGUUGUUGUAGAAUCCGACCAAAUAUCUUUUGUGAUCCCCAAAGUUAACUAUCACCCCUUUGUAUAGCUGUCAGAAACUAGCCAGACGACAUACUGUACGUAGUUAUCCUAUGUAAUAUCAAUGUUGUCAAGUGAUAAACCGUUAUAGAAAUAAUGAGUACACAAGACCAUAGUAGGAGUAUCCUGGUUGUUGAUAUGUACAGUGAGUAUCGUAUGUUUAUCUGUUCCCCAAGUAGAGCCUUCCCUUAAGCUUUUUGUAUCGAUAGCAGGGUGGCAUCUUAAUAUGUUCAACGAGGUAUGAGCAUUAUAUUUUGAAAAGAACGCCCAGUACUGUCAUUGCUAACCACGAAUAAUAACCAGAAAACUACUGGUUGGAGUUGUUUUUGAUAGAUAAAUGUAAUUAAAUAACUAAUUAACUAUGAGGGUUUGUUCGUCCUCGGCCAGCGUUGUACAUUGACGUUGCAUGUUUGACAGGAGAGUAGCAUAUAGUAGGUAUAUAUGCAAUUGCACCCAUCCAAUUAUUAGAAACACUGACGCUUUAUGCACUCCCCAAACCGAAAGCAUAUUUGCCUUAACAGGGAAUUGAAGUGGGAUUAUGUAUAUCAGGUAUUUAUGGCAAAAUCUACCUUUCUAAGUCCAUUCUUUACAUGUUACAUUUGGUGUAUUGUAUAAAAGAUCAUGUUCAGGGUUACUGUAUGUCAUCACGCUUUGUCUUGGGAUAUUUCUUCCACUGGCGCACACAUUCUCCAUGGAAAUGAGCAGGUUUUGGGUGUAUGUACUGUACAGUAUUUGAGUUAGAGCAUCCCUGCUGCUGCUGCUGGUAUUUAGGAGUGCUCGCCUCGGAGCCCUAGUUAUAUUUAUGUGCUAUGAAGCCGUAAACAUUGUUAUAUUGUACAUGUUUUUCCGUUAACCUCAAGAAGAGAGGUUUUGCCUCGUCAACCGUUACACUUGCUGUCAUUAAGGUAAAAAUGUCCAACAUGACCUUGUUACAGUCCUCCAGAAGAAACUAUAAUGAUCCACCUCAUCACACUGCUUUGUAUAUCUGUCUAUUUAUGAUAAAUAAUAAUAAUCUGGUUUGCUUCGAGCUGAAAUAUCCCAAGAUAAACGGUCACACAUUUCGUAUUUUGUGUUUUAUUUGCCUGUUUUUUUGCAUUCAGCUUGCUCACCAGCAGAUAAGAAGUGGGAUACUUUGUGUAUAUUUUAUCUGACUAUAAUUGUGUUAAGUGAGAUUGUAGCCUUGGCUGCUUUGUGGGUGCUACAUUAUAUAGUUAUUGAACCUGCUGAUAGUGCGUGGUGCUGCCAAAGCUUUAAGGUAAUAGCUGUAAUGCAGAGGUGUUUUUUUGAAACUUUCGCGCAGGAUUGCAAACACUGGAGCCGUUCCCAAGCAGAGCAGAAACUUAUUGUCACAAACUUGCUGUGUUACGCUAACAAGAGCAGUAAUCCUCAACAUUCCCGAUAGAGACCACAAUGCUAGAGUGUUGGUGUCUGGUUUUUAUAUGCAAAAGCUGGCGUAAUCAUAUUUUAUCCUAUACUUGCUGGGUGAGAUUUUUCUCCUUUCCUUUUUGUUUUUACACCAAGUGCUUUUGCGUCCACCUCCUUCAUUUGUUAUCUGUGGUUGUCCUCCCGUCCCAUUAGGACCCCAGACCAUGACACAUUAUCAUGUGACUAGAGGUCUUAAAGCAUUUGAUUUGCACUGUUUAAGCACAUUUUUCUAGCAUUAGCACCAUUUCAUCUGAAUGUCUGUGGUCCUAUCUUUCCUCUUUACCAACUGACUGUUGUCAUUGUUUUCCACGGUGUAAUGAGAUUGUAUUGUAUAUUAAAGUAUCCUAUUUAUUCUUA